AUGAGUUUUCUCGACUCCGUUCUCACGUCUCUUCAGACGGGGAAGCCGGCUCAAGCCCCACUUUCUCAACCACCGGCGCCGCCAGCUACAUCCACGACCGUUAAAAACGUCGAUCGCAAGCCAGGAAUUCCUACACCGCGGCCAGCAGCAAGCGGAAAUGCCAGUGGAGGAAUAAAGCGCAAGGCCGAGGACCAGCUUUCCCGUCCAUCGCGGCCUGAAGGUCCAAAGUCCGGUACUUCAACCAGCAACAGGCCUUCGGUACCAUCUGGAACGCCUAGAGUUGUGCCCAAGCCAAUCUCUGCUACCAACCUGAAGCCUUCAUCACCCAGACCUGCCCCCAGGAAUGGCUCCGGGGCAGCCACCAAAGCUGCACCUGCAAAGAUUGCACCUGCGAAGGCUGCACCUCCAAAGCCGGCAGCUGCACCAUCAAAGCCACCGCCAAAAGGCUCCUUUGCUGAGAUCAUGGCUCGGGCCAAGGCGUUGCAAGAUCAAGCCCCGGCACAGGUGGGCAUGCUACGUCAUCAGGCUGUUCCCAAGGAGAGACUCAGCAAGGUCGAGCGCAAGCGCCGAAUGAUGGAAGCUCAGGCGCAGGAAAAAGCUGCUCGCCGUCCAGGCCAGAAGCCUGCACCUGGUGCCCAGCCAAUCAAGGGUAAAAUGCCCGCAAAGAAGCCAUCGCCUGAAGUGCCCUCGUAUAAAGGCACAGCCAAGCCACCACCGAAGGCGCUCGAAGCUUCCUCAUACCGUGGCACGGCUGGACUUCCAGGCCGCGGUGGCAAUGACCGCCGGACAAACGGAAAGCGUCGCAUGGACGAGUACCUCGGAACAGACGAGGAAGACGAGGGCGACUACAAUGGCUACGACGACUACUACUCUGACGCAUCCUCCGACAUGGAGGCUGGCUUUGAUGAUGUAGAGGGAGAAGAAGAUGCAGCACUGAGGUCUGCACGGAGAGAAGAUGAAAAAGAGUUGGCAAUGGAGAUGGCGGCGAAGAGGGAGAAGCUGGAGCGCCAGAAGAAACUGGCCGCUCUGGCAUCCCGAACCAAGCGUUGA